UCUCCUCCUUGGCGAAGCAAGAUGGCGGCCGUCGUAGAGCGAGUCGAUGGCUGCUUCGGGUCCUUGGACUCAGACGCGGUGUCGCCGGGACAGUGGUCCCCUCCGCCGGACCAGCAGCACCAGAACAACCCGCUGCUGGGUCUGCCCAUCGUGGCCGUUGAGACCGUUCUCCAUUUCCUCUCGUACGAUGAAAUCAGCCUGCUGCGCUCGGUGAGUAAGUGCAUGGACUUCAUCUGCCAGCGCGUCCUGAACCAGGGCUUCCUGAAGGUGGAGCGGUACCACAGUCUGUGCCAGAGGCAAGUCAAAGCCCAGCUGCCCAGGCGGGAGUCUGAGAGGAGAAACCACUCGCUGGCCCGCCACGCUGACAUCCUGGCUGCCGUGGAGACGCGCCUCUCUCUGCUCAACAUGACCUUCAUGAAAUACGUCGACUCCAACCUCUGCUGCUUCAUCCCCGGAAAGGUGAUCGAUGAGAUCUACCGCGUGCUGCGCUACGUGAACUCCACUCGAGCGCCGCAGCGAGCUCACGAGGUCCUGCAGGAGCUGAGGGACAUCUCCUCCAUGGCCAUGGAGUACUUCGACGAGAAGAUCGUCCCCAUCCUGAAGAAGAAGCUGCCGGGCGCCGACCUGUCCGGCCGCCUCAUUGGCUCGACGCAAGUGGCAGGUCCAUCCACCUCCCUGACCACCAUGUCCCUGCUGGCCAAGAACACGCCGUCGCGCUCCGAGAUGACCAAGGUGCAGCAGCAGGUGAAGGUGAACGGGGCGUCGAUGACGGUGCUGCGGCGCGAGAUGCAGGAGAUCCGGGUGAAGCAGCUGGAGCAGCAGAAGCAGCUGCAGGACCAGGAGCAGAAGCUGCUGGAGCAGACGCAGGUGAUCGGCGAGCAGAACGCCCGCCUCGCCGAGCUGGAGCACAAGCUCCGCGAGCUGAUGGACAGCAGCGCCGCCGCCGCCGCCGCCGCCAUGGGGGGUCCCGGGCCCGCCGCGGCCGUCGCAUCCGGCGGCAGCAGCAGCGCCGCGGUGUCCUCCACCGUGGCCGGCGGCGGCGGUGGCGCCGUGCCCGCCGCCUCUCUCUCCAGAGAGCCGGAGGGCGAGAGAUGGCUGUCGCUCAAACGCGCCCGAAAGCACUCGGACCUUCCGCGACAGUCCAAACGGCUGCGCAGCAAGAAAUAAGAGACUCGGUGUGUCAUUUAGUUACACUUUUUUUUUUUUGGGUUUCCAAGUCUGGAGUAUCCCCUCCCCCCCCCUCUCCCCCUCACUAAAUCAGAAUCUAGGCAGGCGGCCGCCUCGUGACGAGACUAUUUAUUGAAGGUUGCGUAAAAUGACUGUACUGCUUUUUUUUUUAUAAACGUAGAAGCUUUUCUCGGAGGCUUCGAUGCUUUCAGAAACAUUUGCGUGUCUAGGCCGAAAUUCAGGUGGUCGGUUAAAAAUUGGUCAACGGAAGUCGAGUUGUACGUGUUUAUUAAUGUAACUCCCCGUUUCUGGGGGGGGGGGGGAAAGAAUCUGCAACGAUAUUUUUAUUUCCGAAUACGAUUAAAAUGAAACGUCGCAGUGAAUCAUGACGGUCGUCGGCUCGAGUCAGAGCCGCCCGUAAUCAACCAGGCCGAGGUCGCAUGUCGCGGGACGUUUAGCGAUCUCCUUUUUCCAUUUCUCCCAUGGGCAGGAAGUCUCAACUCCACGAGCAUUCAUUUCACUCACGCUCGCUUCUUCUUACUCUGGCUAAGUGCAAUAAAAGUCAUCUGAAAAGUA